GGGUGUAACGUAGGCACGGGAGUGCCUGUGGAUGAGCGUGGCCGGAGGGACUCUUCUAACCCCAGGAGCGGAGCCUCCUCGCACCGUCAGAGGGAAAACGUUGCUAAGGCCGCUCGGGGGAAGGAGGCGCCGCGGGGCGUGAGGGGCUUAUUUUCCAGCCUCGCUCCUCUCCGCCAUCGCAGGGUCCUCCGUGACUUAGGGGGGCGGGGGGGGGGAAUCCUCCGCAGGGAAAAGGGCCGCCACAGCGGGUGAAUCGGCGCCCGCGCCCUCCCCGUUACUAGGAUGCCGUCGUUGUCGCCUCAGAAAUCCUUCCCCCCCCCCCCCGCUGCGUCUUGCCCCCUUCGGGCGGGAAGGAAAGGCACGUCCUGUGGCGGUUCCCGUUCGUUGUUGUUGUUUUUUUUUAAUUUAAGGGAGGACAGGUGGUGGUGGUUCCCCUCACUCCGCGACGUGGGCGAGGCGGCCCACCGCGAAAGUUGAUUUAAAACCAUCAGCUUCCGCCGCCGCCCCCCCCCCAUCCAAACAGGUCAAUUUACUGACGCGCUGCGGAGGGGAGGCAGCUCUUCGCCUCAGAGACGGCGGCGAGAGGGGAGCCCCAAGCUCGCUCUUCCUCACGAGAAGCUUUUUAGCAGCGCUUCCUAAACGACAUAAACAACGAGCUUUCGGGAACAGACCUAUUGACCAAAAACAAUGCAUCUAGGAAAGAAGAAGUGAGCUCCUGGGCACUUUCGAUUUAAGUAUGAGUCUAGGCGUCUAUGUGACUUUUUUUCUGUCAAAAAUCGAGAUGGGCACAAAUUAAGGCAUCCCUAUCCAGGCUGAGUUGUCAUCGUGCCUGCACAGUUACUCUAUGGAAACCUUCAAGCAGUGUAAUCCAGAAGAAAAAUCAGUAGUCAGUAAAAUGCAGAAAAAAUACUGGAAAACAAAACAAGUUCUAAUCAAAGUUACUGGAAAGAAGGAAGAUGAAUAUGUGGUAGCAUAUGAUGCUGAGUUAGAUGCCAAAUUAGAGUUUUUUCACAGCAUCCAAGUUACCUGCACAGAUCUUCUAAAGAUUAUUGAAAAAUACCAACAGAGACUUAAUGUUUUGUCUAAACAGGAAAAUGGACUGGGAGACUUCUUAAAGUUUCAGGCAGCCCGGGGUGAAGGGCAGAUUAACAGAAUGCUUGAUGCCACUGGCCAAGCCCUCUAUGGUUCUUCCCAACAAAGGCUAGCUCUUCGCACUGCUUUGUCUCGCCUUGGACAAGAACUUGCGACAUUUAAUCAGAGGGCUGUGUCCGAUACCUUGCUAACAGUCAUCCGAAUGGAGGAAGCACGCACAGAGUAUAGAGGGACUUUGCUGUGGAUGAAGGAUGCUUCUCAAGAACUGGAUCCUGACACUUUCAAACAAAUGGAGAAGUUCAGAAAGGUGCAGGGGCAAGUAAGAAACACCAAAACCCAGUUUGAUAAGCUAAAAGUGGAUGUUUGUCAGAAGGUGGACCUCCUUGGAACCAGCCGCUGUAAUAUGCUGUCACACUGUCUUGCAGUUUAUCAGAUGACAUUUCUGCACUUCUGUGAGAAGACUGCUCAAAAGAUGUCUGAAAUUAAAGAAGGCUUUGCAAGUUUGCAGCCAUCUUAUUCUAAUACAUCUGAGAAGCUUACUAAGCAAACUGUUGGAGAAAACCAGGAGAAUGCCACGGGAGCUGCUACCAUAUCAAACACGGACAAGCUGAUUUUGCUGGAUGAAGAUAGCUGUGAAACUCAGUUAGGGACAGAUGCUACAAUCCAUUCUCAGCCAAGCAUAUUUGGUGAUGAUCAGCCAUGUAGCCUUGAGAAAGACUGGCUUGAAGACGAUUUUGAGCGUCAUUUGUCAUGUCUGGAGGACUUAUCAAAACCCAGUUCUUCAGACACUGCAAGUACCAGCCAAGCGGAAUAUCCAAAUGUGUUUGAGCAUCCGAAUCUCUGGGCUCAAGGAACUGCUGCAGAACAACAGGCCCAAGUUAAUUCAGGAGUAUUUCUACCUUCACAGCUCUUUGAUUUUGGCUUUCAUACUGCUGGGGAAUUUAGUAGCUGGGUGUCUCAGUCAGAAUGUCAAAGUCUUUCUUCCAAAUCAGUUCCUGAUGAUCAGCUAGGACCUUCACACAGCACACCAAAUGUACCACAAAGAUGUGUGGAGACAAGUAGCCAAGACUUAUCAGCAUGGUUCAAUGCUUUGGCAGACCUGGACCCCUCUCAAGAUCCAGAUGCUAUUGGACACUCAGAUGAUGACCUCCUCGCUGCAUGAUUAAGUAUAACUCCAAGCACACAGUUUUCUAGUGUUUCUCAAUUCUAAGCCUUGGCUGCAGACAUCCUUGUAAAUGAAGAUCAUCACUGAUUGUACAUGGGAAAUAGCAAGACAGUAAAGACCACCUGUGCCUCUUGACUUUAUUAAAUUUUUCAUGCUAUCAAGGGUACUGUUAUUACUACUGCAGAAAUGUCGAAUAGCACAAUUAGUCUCUAGAGUGAUCAGCUCAUGAUUUCACUGUAGGACAGCAACUCAACUGUAUGGUAUUUCUCCUCUAAACUUAACCAGACUUACUCAUUUGAAGAGAAGGAAAAGUAGUGACAUACAUUACAAACAUUCAGUACAUUUUUAGUUAUCCCUAUAUUAGAUUCACCAAUUAUUUUAAAAAGUACUUUUAGAGCAGCACAGAGCAACCAGGAUGCAAAUAUCUUGCAGUUGCUAUAAUUCAAACAUAGUUAAACCUGAAACCAGAGAAGCCCUUUACAACUUGGAAUAUUUGCAUCUGGAGAGUGACUGAGAUCAGAAAAGGAGGAGUAAUUGUAUCACUUGCCAGCUAGCUGGCUUGUCCUCUGUGAAGAGUUCUAAAGAUAUUUUCACCUACAUUUGGCACUCUGUAGAGGGAAAAGUUGCUGGUAGGAUUAUUUAGGGUAGGAAAAAGUUUAAGGACUUGUCCAUCUACCACUUCUGGGAGGGUCCUUUUUCAAAAAGCCUUUCUGUGAUUUUACGCUACUAAGUCUUAAGCAACAAGGUAAAACUGGAAAUUUUUUUAAAGGAACCAGAACCCUGCUUCAAAGAUGGCAUAGUAGCAGGUUC